GCGACACCUCACAACUCUAAGUCCACACCCAAAGCCAAGAAACAACAAACAAUUGGCAAGAUCUGUGAAAAAUAUUGCAAUUUCCCGUACAAAGUAUGCAAAAGGUGCCACAUUUUGCGCGCGAGGAUUCCCAGGAGCACUUACCCAGUCCCCACAACACCGUCAACAUGAAGCGUCGCACCUUGGCAGGCAGCUGUGGCGUUGGCGUCUUCAUCUUUGCAUUCGCAUUCAUAGUCAUUGCUUUUGCUACACCCAGUUGGCUGGUCAGUGAUUACCGCAUCACGGGCGCAAAGCUGGACAGGCUUGGACUCUGGGUGCACUGCUUCCGUUCCUUGCCAGAUGUAAACGAUGACAGCCAGCGCCGUUUCUUCGUGGGCUGUCGCUGGGUGUUUGACCCAUUUACCAAGGGCUACGAUGAGAUACGCGGAUUCCUGCUGCCCGCUUUCAUGAUUGCCACACAGUUCUUCUACACGCUAACAUUCAUUGGCAUGCUGGUCAGUGCCAUAGGCGUGCUGGUGUUUUUCCUCUGCGCUGGACCGGAUCAGCGACACUUUAUCAAUCUAAUAAGAGGCGUAGGCUAUGUGCAGCUUGGCUCUGGUGUAAGCGCUGCCAUUGCCGUGAUUGUAUUUGCAGUAUUUGGCAAUCGCAAUGGCUGGAUGCCGGAGCAUGCAAACAACUGGUUCGGUUGGUCCUUUGUGCUGGCAUGUGUGGGCACUGUGCUGACCCUGGUGGCAGCCACGUUAUUCCUCACCGAGGCGCAUGUGCAGCAUCGCAAGCGCAUACAGUUUAAGGAGUCUCAAACACGCUUUGAACUUGUGCGUGGCUAGUGCCAAAAGCCAAAAGGUCGUGCUAGUUUCCACACAAAGUGACAAUAUUUUUGGCAGCACAAACAACAUAUCAUAACAACCGUAAACAAAAAACAUUCCGUCCCCACGACACUUCUACAAAGAAUUCUCACCAUAUAAUUAAAUGUAGUUUUAGUUGACGACGCCAGAGCAGCAAGUUUGAAUGUUUAUGCAAUCGUCAAAGCACCAAAAAGGCAACACAUCACACCCAAAGAGACUUUCCGUUGGUACUUAUGAAUCAUCCAAGCUACAGUUACAGUCGUAAGGAAACUGAACGUCCAAUUAACUGCAGCAACAACUACUACUACUCAUCAACGAAGAAGCUCAAACGAAUAUUGAAUAUGUAUAUCAUAUUUGCAUAUCUAAUUGCGCUCAAUUAUCACACAAAUAUUUCACGCCCCACCCUCCACCCACUGUACCUAUGUCGUCGCAGGCAUUUUUAGAACUAGUAACUCGUGCCUUAAUUCGACAGCUUUGCUAUAGUUUAUAGUAUCUUCAAAUACCUGAGUAUAUGCGCUGCGACGUCAACCGAUUGGAUUGCAUAAACUUCUACUCAUCAAGUGCCUUAGUUAAGUGUUCGAAUAUACCCUACCCUCCCCAAAAAUCAAAGUGUACACGUCCAAUAGCUUAAGACACAUUCCAUUUUUUGUAUAACGACUAUUACCCGUUUUAGUGAAGGGUAAGCUCUCUAUUAGAGUUUUUCAAUUUUGUAAACCCACAGCGUAUUAAACCAUUUACAAUAAAUAUAUGUAACAAUUUUUGUACAAACGACUUUAGCUAAAGCGAAGUGUAAU